CUGUUAGAAGGGACUGGCUUGUGUGAGCUGAGCUUGGAUGGCAGGUGAAAUGCCAGGUCUGCUCUGCCUCUGGGGACAACCAGGCUACCCUAUAAUGGGAAUUACCACUCACUCAGCUUGGCAGCAUUAACAUCCAGUUGAGCGUCAGGGAAACAGAGGGCCCCACCUUUUUUCUGUCUGCUGCCCUGGUGUGGUCUUGUUGCUCUGUACUCUACCUUUAUGUGGAGAAAGAGACGGCUGCUGGGCUCUGUCACUCCCCUGUCCUCAUCAUCCAUCAUCUCUGGAACAGGUUGAUCUUCUUCUGUUUUUGUCUAUUUUGCGCCAAAGAGCUGCUUUUUGGGAUCUCACUCCUCCAUGUACGAUAACUUGUACCUUCAUGGAUUUGAAGACUCGGAGGCGGGUUCAGCUGAUUCCUACACAAGUCGACCGUCUGAUUCGGAUGUGUCCCUGGAGGAGGAGAAGGAGGGCGGCCGGCAGGAGAGGGAGCAGCAGGCCACGGUUCAGCUUGAGAGGGCAAAGACUAAGUCGGUGGCGUUUGCUGUGAGGACCAAUGUCAGCUACUGCGGUGCAUUGGAUGAGGACGUCCCUGUGGCCGGUACUGCUGUUUCUUUUGAUGCCAAGGACUUCCUCCACAUCAAAGAGAAGUACAACAAUGACUGGUGGAUUGGCCGCCUGGUGAAGGAAGGCUGUGACAUCGGCUUCAUCCCGAGUCCCCUGAAGCUGGAAAAUAUUCGAAUUCCGCAGGAACAGAAGAGAGGGCGAUUCCACGGCACUAAAUCCAGUGGGAAUUCCUCCUCCAGUCUGGGAGAAAUGGUGUCAGGCACAUUCAAGCCAAACCCCAACUCUGCAGGAAAGCAGAAACAGAAAGUGGCCGAGCACAUCCCUCCGUAUGACGUGGUCCCCUCCAUGAGGCCCGUUGUCCUGGUGGGACCUUCCCUGAAAGGUUAUGAGGUGACAGACAUGAUGCAGAAGGCGCUGUUUGACUUCUUGAAGCACAGGUUUGAUGGGAGGAUAUCCAUCACAAGGGUAACAGCUGACAUAUCGUUGGCCAAGAGGUCAGUACUAAACAACCCCAGUAAGCGGGCCAUCAUUGAGAGAUCCAACACCCGCUCCAGCCUUGCGGAGGUCCAGAGUGAAAUAGAAAGAAUUUUUGAGCUGGCCAGGUCUCUGCAGCUGGUGGUGCUGGAUGCAGACACCAUUAACCAUCCAGCGCAGCUCAUCAAGACCUCGUUGGCACCCAUUAUUGUCCAUGUUAAAGUGUCCUCACCUAAGGUUCUUCAGCGACUGAUCAAAUCAAGAGGAAAAUCUCAAAGCAAACACUUGAAUGUGCAGCUUGUUGCGGCUGAAAAACUAGCGCAGUGUCCUUCUGAGAUGUUUGAUAUCAUUCUGGAUGAGAACCAGCUGGAGGAUGCAUGUGAGCACCUGGCAGAAUACCUGGAGGCAUACUGGCGUGCCACGCACAGUUCGCUUAGCACACCACUCAACCCCCUGCUGGGACGCAAUCUGGGCUCCACUGCUCUCGCCCCAUAUCCUGCUGCCAUUCAGGCCCAAAGAAACCGGAACAGCAACCACACAACAACAGACCAUUCACCUGUUGAACAUCGCAGCCUGAUGCCUGCUGAUGAGAACUAUCAUAAUGAACGGGCGCGGAAGAAUCACAACCGCCUGUCCUCGGGGUCACAGCACAGCCGGGACCACUCACCCCUGGUGGAGGAGGACUACCAGGACUCUUACAAGCCUCAUCGUAAUCGAGGAUCACCUGGAGGCUACAGCCAGGAAUCCAGGCAACGCCUUUGAGCUGUGGCCUGCUGUAAACCAGGUGUAGGCCUGUCUUUCUCUGAACAACCACCAUGGACCUAAGAGUUGAAGCAGCUUUGCUGUAACAUGAUGAAUCGACUACACUCAUUCGGAGUAUAACAACCUUGUAUUAAUGUAUGGAAUCUCAUGUUACCUUGGGCCUUGGCUCCUGCCAAAUAAACAUUUGAAAUAAUAGUAAGACUCCUGCUCUUGCUUUUAAAGUGCACAAGGGGACUGGACAUGAACAUUGUACAAAGAGCAGAAAGGUUAUGUUUUAAAAGGAAGGCUAAAGCUGGACCUGAUUUGAAUAUGCCCCAGAUGUGGCUUGUGUGUGAAGUGCACUAGCAGGUGUACAACAUAGACUCUACUGGACCCUUCCUGUCCUCUCAACUGUUGCUGUAGCAUGCAGGUAAGACUGUACAAGUCACCUGCCUCACUUCAGUGCCAGACAGCAAGAGCAUCCAAUGUUGAUCAGCACAAAACCUGUUUGCACGCAUGCAGGAGCUGGAAGAAGCAGAAUAUAAUGCAUCUUUAAAGCUCCUCGAGUUUGUUUGCCACUGUCCUCGUUGUGAGUGAAAUACAUUUUGUGGAAGCCUGUUCCUAAAUCCAGUUUUACACAUUUCUUUUUUAAGUGACAUGGGUGAUGUUGCAGUGUUCUCUUCAGGGUUCAUACAGUAGCUCCCUGUGCCCACUCUUUCUUCUUUCUUCAUGCUAUUUUUGUCAUUAACCAUAUCAAGACAGACAUAUAAAAAUCAUGCAGAUAUUAAUAUAUUUCAAAGCUCAAAACCUCAGGAUUGAGGGGUCAUUAAGACCUACAGUAGAAGUGCGCUGACAGAUGUAGCGUUUAUGUUCUUACCCAUGUAAUGGGGAGUUCAUUGUUAUGUUAAAUUGGUAAAAGAUUUCACGAUUUAGUUGUCAUUAAAAAGUUAAUAUAAAUAAGGAACACUUCCAGCAAAGGAUGGUUAUGGCAGCAUGUUUUUCAUAUGCCAUACAUUUAUUUCCUCCUGUUGUCUGUCAUUUGUUUGGCUGGACAUCAUUUAGAUUAGCUAGAAUUGGAUUUUAGUGAGUGAUUUAUAUUGAGGGCUUCCAUAUGUAAAUAAAGAAAGUUCAGUUCAUGAAAUUACAUUCCACUGUUCUUCUUCCAACAUCUUCCAGAUUUGAACCAAUAUGGAUAAAUUUCCUUCAUCAUACUUUGUUUUGAAUGGUUUUAUACAGUAAAGUUUACAUUAAGCAAAUUAACAGGCCCCUCUUUCAUAUUUUCAGCUAUUGAUUUUUCAGUGAAUUCAAUCUGAGUUUUGUCAGACUGCUAAUGAAUGAUAAACAAUGGGAAAGCACUUGGGCAGGACUUUGCUGCAUUUGUCACAGUGGCUUUUGCAUGCUGCUUUUAUGGAGGAGCAGUUCCCUGAAGUUUUUUUAAUCAAAUGAUUCAUUUGUAUGCUAAUUCAGGAUUAAUAUAUCAUUACAUUUUAAUGACAUAUCACUGUAUCUUGUAAUUUAAUAUUUGUUGAAAAUCUCAAGCUCCAAUCUUUAAAUCCAUAGUCUGGAUGUCUCGAUGUGCUUCAGUGAUUCUGGAAAAGGAGGACCAACAAGAAGACUUCUGCUCUUAUCUACUACUUACAGUAGCUUUUAUUGUUGUUGUUUCAGAACUCUGGAUCAUAAGCAACAAUUAAAAGAUCUGAAUACUGCCUAUGAGAGAAUGAUGCAUUGAUAAGAAGUGUGUGUGCACUGUCAUUUUACAGUUGUAAUGAAAUAAACUGCCCUUAUGCUGUUGUAUGGA